UGUAAAAAUUUAUGAAGAUAUUGACGAGGCCAUCAAACAAAGGAUCGAAAAAGAGAGUUUAAAAUAUCACGUUUGCAACAAGGGAACGUUUAUAUAUAGCAAAGAAGGAUUUAAUAAGAAAACAAUUUCAGUAACCGUUGAUGGGAGCCUUCAACAUAUGAUUAUAUAUGAGGACAAAAAAGGCAAUCACGAUAACCUUCACCCGCCAUGGGCUUAUGUUGAGCUCUCAAAUAUCGAACCAAGCAAAGCCAUCAUUAAACAGCUCGGGCUACGUAAGAAACAACAGUGCUUGUCAAAGGAUAUCAAGGAAAAUAGCGAGAUCCAAAAUGUUAAAAGUGAGGAUGAGAACAGCUUAGAUAUGUGCAAGACUGAGAUAAAAUAUCAUUGCCAACCCCUCAACAUUAACACUCCUCGUCAAUCGAUUCAAACACUGCCUUCCAUCGUGGACCAUUUCCCAUCGGUAAAUACACAAAGUAAAACUCCCGAGUCAGAAAUCUCGGAUCCGAUGAAAAUUACAAGCGUAAUUAAUUGGUUGGGCGAUUCCCAGGAAAAAGGUGAUAAAUCUGUUGAUAAAGGAAAUUUGAUCGUUCCAUUCUCACCUCGGAUCCAAAGCUCCGAAAUCCCGCGUCACUUCGACAUACUAUCCUUCCAUGGUCAUCAGAGAGCCUCUCAUCCCGUAUCACGUUCCUCAAAAUCAUGUUGA